CAACCGUCGGAAGAAUUAUAGUAGAGGAGGACGCGACCCUGUUCAGAGCUUGAAGAAGAGCAGAAGAGGGAAACCGUCCCCUGUCAACUUCCUUCCUUCCUUUCCGCCAUGGAAGCACACCACGCAUCUCUAGGCCGACGAACGUUGGAAGAAAUUCGUCAAAAGCGAGCGGCUGAAAGAUUGAGCAAGACCUCUUCGGGCCCUGAUCUCAGCAAAGUUUCCAACUCCAAUGAUUUGGUACCGAUCAGAAAAUCAGAGAGUGGAAAUCGGCUUUCCGAGACGGAUGUUGGUGGUUUAGUAGCUCAGAUAAGAGACCUAGAAAAGAAGAAUGCAGAAUUGGCGGAACAGAACAAGAAUUUGAUUUCAAAGCUCCAGAAAACGGAAGCUGAAAAUGACAUGCUACAAAAACGAGUGAAUGAUCUGGAGCAAAACACUGUACCAUCUUUGAGAAAAACUCUAAAGGAUGUCGCAAUGGAAAAGGAUGCAGCAGUUGUUGCACGGGAGGACUUUUCAGCCCAACUUCGCACACUCAAGAAACGCCUUAAGGAAGCAGAAGAAGAGCAAUAUCGGGCCGAGGAAGAUGCGGCAGCUUUAAGAGCAGAACUGAACUUGAUGCAGCAACAGUCAAUAAUGAGUGGUUCUUUUAGUGGAAUAACCUCUCUUGUGAAUUCACCAGAACAAAUACAAACAUUAGAAAAGGAGUUGGCUAGCUUAAAAGCUGAGUUACAGCAAGAGUCACUACUGAGGCAGCAAGAGCGGCAACGAUUAGUGGAGGAGCAGGCCCAAACAUCUAUGCUCAUGUCCCAAAAGCAGGAGUUGGAAGAAAAGCUUGCGGCUAUGUCAAGAAUAGAAUCAGAAAAUUCAGAGAAAGCUGCGAACAAAGUAUUUUCAGUGGAAGACAAGGAGAAAUUUGAGAAGCAAUUGCAUGACAUGGCUGUAGUGAUUGAAAGAUUGGAAAGCAGUAGACAAAAACUUUUAGUAGAGAUUGAUUCCCAAUCUUCAGAAAUUGAAAGGCUCUUUGAGGAAAAUUCCAGUCUCACAAGUUCUUAUCUGAAAGCAAUGGCCAUAGCAGUGCAAUGGGAGAAUCAGGUAAAGGAUUGUCUCAAGCAAAAUGAAGAGCUGCGUGGAAUCCUAGACAAGUUGAGAAUCGAACAGGCUAAGGGUUUUGUGGAACCACACGAUGCUGGGAUAAAUCAGACUGGUUCCCCAGCCUAUACAGCUGAAAUUAUUUCCCUCAAGGGUCAAAUAGCAAAGGAACAGAGCCGAGCAGAGGCGUUAUCUGCUGAUGUAUUGCAGCUCUCGGCACAACUCCAGCAAGCCACUCAAGCAUAUAUUGGUCUUGUACACAUGUAUCAACCGGUGCUGCGGAAUAUAGAAAGUAGUUUAAUCAAGAUGAAGCAGGAUGGCCCUGUGUCAGUGCAGUGAAGUGAUGCUUAAAUUGAGUUUUAUACAAGCAAUUUUGUAUCAAAUUAGUUGUGAUAGCACAUUCACACAUACAGGUUUUCAGUUUUGAUAAAUUUUCUUCAUUUGUAUAAUGAGUGGAAAGCUUCUGUAAAAUGACGGUAACUAACACAAUAUUCUGACCAUUAUUGGGAGUUCUAACUUUUACAUUUUUGGACUCCGCUGCUUUAGAUUGGAAAUACAGCACAAAAAUAAUCUAAAUUAGGAUAUCUCCUUUUUUUAAGUGUUUUUCUUGUAAUCGAACAGGCUGAGCUUGUUUCAUUCUCCUGUAUAUAUCAAAACUUAU